GUUAUAAGCAAGGGGCAGGAAUUUAUUGAACUUGAGAUGCAUCGCGGGUCGGCUAGUGAUGGGGAGAACGCUUUGUCGAAUUUGAACGCACGGAUUAUUGGUACAGUAACUAGUUCCAGUGAAUCGGAAAUCGAUAAUGUCAGCCAGCCAGCUCAUCAAAUCGUAACGGAAAAAAAGCGUAUCAAAGUAAUGUCAAAGUCGCGAUUACUAAAUGGUAAUUCGAAGCUGAAGCCAGCUACUGCGGUUACUAACGCCAGCGAUAUACAAUCAUUAGAUGAUCAAAAGUCUCGCAGCACAAAUACCCUGCUAACGUACCCAAUGAAUGAGACAGCUGAGCCAAAGGAUGUCAAUGUCGAAAACGCGACUGCUAUUAUAUUCAAGAGUCAGUAUAGUAACCUGAUUAAACGAGAACUUUUUGAGAAACCGGACACAGAUUCAAAAGAUAAAAAAAUGAAUACAGAUCAGGAUAUUAUUGGUGUAGAACAACAAUGUUUUUCGACUGCUACAAAUAUGGAUGAAGAACAGUAUAUGCCUGAUCGAAUGGAACUGCCAUCAUUAAAUGACCUCACUCAUCACUUAGGUCUGGAUGUCUUUGGCAAGCAAAGCCUAUCAGACGGCAACUCUUCGUUGCUCAAACCUUUAAGGUGAGAUAUCAAUUCUACAUAUUUCUAAUGAUCUAGUCGACAAAAUU